CAUAAACGUAACGUAGUCAAUGACAGCUCUGUCGUCUGCUGGUCACAGUGGUCACACCGACAACAACGGCACCUUCAGUUAUCUCGGUUAUCUCUCUAAAAUCACAUUGACUAGUACUGACCUCUACAGUAAAUGUCGAAAUCACAACAUUCUCUUAUUACUUUAUUCAAAAUUCUAUGUCUUGUACUUUGGCACAGUUUAUCAGGCCAAACAAAUUUGUUGAUAUAUAAUUUGCGAUUAUAACCCUCUUAUCAAUUGGAAGCAAAAAAAUUAUCAAACUGAUUUGCGCCGAAACGCUGCUUCGUACCGAUGAUUACUAAGCUUACAACGUUUGUUCUCUAUCUACAGUGUAACCGAAUGUACGUUGUUGACAUUAGUUACAGUCAUGUUUUCGAGGUUAAUCCGUCAAAUUAAUGAAAAAUGGUUCAAAAUGCAAGAACAAACGUCUCAAAGUGUCCAAUCGGCACGUGAUGCUCUUAUGCGAGGUGGAAUUAUUGUAAUAAGCGCUGUCGUUGUCGUCUGGAUUUCAAUAUUUCUCUACACAGCAUUUUACUAUGCUUACAUGCCCAGCAUGUCAUACGUACGACCGGUUCAUCUUCAAUUCAAAGCCUGUGAUAAAAAUAAAGGCAUCUGCAGUUAUCCUUCGGCUCAUGUGCAAUUAACAAAGAAGCAACAAAUUUUAAUGGUUGGGCAGCCCUAUAAAGUUAAUUUAAAUCUUGAAAUGCCAGAAUCUCCAGCCAACAAAGAACUUGGAAUGUUCAUGGUAUGUGCCCAGUUGAAAAGUCGGGAUGGUGUCCUAGUGGACAAAUCCUGCAGGUCAGCGAUGUUACAUUAUCGUAGCACUUUACUCCACUUGCUGACAACUUUUACAUUUUCGCCAAUGCUGAUAUUCGGAUCUGCCGAAGAGAAACAGUAUGUCACUCUUGAAUUAUUUGGUAACUUUGAAGAGGAUCAAAGUCAUCCGGUGACAGUCGUUCAUGUAGAAAUUCAAUCACGGCACAUUGAGUUUUACUCCGCAACGUUAGGAAUAAACGCUCAUCUCUCAGGUCUUCGUUAUCUGAUGUUUCAUUGGCCCAUUUUAUCUGCCAUUGUUGGCAUUGGUACGAACCUGUUUUUCAUAGCACUUGUAUGCAUACUUUCGUAUUUGCACUUCGCCUAUGAGGAAACAGCAGGUGAUGCGGGAUUUGAAUAUGAGAAGGGUGACAACAUAGAGAAGGAUCCUAAAUCGGACAGUGAUUUUUCGCUGGACUCGUCUUCGUUGGAAGAUACAUCGCUAAUGGAGGCGAGUAAAUCAAAAGAUGAAUCAACGAAAUCUUCGAAUCCAUCAAACGAACCUCGAUACAUACAAGAAUUUGGUGCAGAUUAUGAGCGUAUAAGCGAUACCGAAGGUUGAGAGGCAGCAUUUCGGUAGACAAGAAAUAUUCUUUACAAAUUAUUUUCGACUCAUUACACAUCGAUUAGUAAUAUUUUGGAUCGAAACAUUCCAUCGAAGAGUUCUUGGAGCACGAUCUCCAAAUUGAACAUAUGUGAAGCUUUUUUUUACGUAUUAAUUGUAGUAUGAAUUGACUGCUUUGUAGAAUCAUCCAUAUUAUUUGUACAUACGAACGAUUCUAUGAGGAAAAAGAAGCGUACAAUUGAGAUUUGUAAAUGCAGUUAAGUAUUGUAUAAUUUUGAAUAAAAAUGUUUGUUUUUAUUUA